AUGUCGACAAAACGUAAAAGUUCACAUUCUAUUGGUUCUCGAUCUGGUUCAACAAUUUAUACCAUAGCUACAACAUCAACCACAUCUACACCCUCAACAACAACAACUACAACUACUACAAUCACAUCACCCUCAACAAAUUCUUCUAGUUCUCCAACUUCUACUAGUAGUACGGGGCCAAUUGUACCAGCACCCUCUUCUUCUAGUUCCAGUAGUGGUAAUAGUAGCAAGUUCUCUUCUACAAGUAGAUUUAAUAAUAAUCCACUGAGUAGUAGUGCUAAAAGUGCAAGUCCAAAAGGAGACAAUUUAUAUGACUGGGUGUCUACAAUCACAGGACCGGCUGAUUCGCCUUAUGCUGGCGGAAUAUUCUUUCUUGAUAUUAAUUUUCCUCAAGAUUAUCCAUUCAAACCUCCAAAGGUGGUAUUUCGUACACGUAUUUACCAUUGCAAUAUCAAUUCUUCAGGUCAAAUUUGCCUUGAUAUUCUUAAAGAUAAUUGGUCUCCUGCUUUAACAAUAUCAAAAGUCUUAUUAUCAAUAUGUUCAUUAUUAACUGACGCUAAUCCAUAUGAUCCUUUGGUUGGAAAUAUAGCAAAUCAAUACUUGUAUGAUAGUGAAGAACAUGAUAGAAUUGCAAAAGAUUGGACUAAACGGUAG